AUGAAGAUGUCGAACAUCCUCGGCCGUCUGCUGCCGUACCCCGCGUCGACCCCGCCGUCUUUAGUCGUCUAUAGCCGGCGCUCGGCCAUCUAUAACCGUCACCAGACCCCGCAUCGGUCGUACGAGCGGCCCCAGGUUCUCACGCUCACCACCCCAGACAGUAUUGGCGAACGAGGAAGACCGCCUUGCGCAAAAUGUGUCCGCGAAGGAGUCGACUGCUCCCUAGCUGGGUCGCGACGUGGCGGCGACUACUCCCAGUACAGAGGCAACAAGAGGCAAAGACGCGAUAGUGACGUUGCUACGGCGCCCUCGGUGGUUUCCGUAGCAUCUUUUGUCCCAGAAACAAUAGUGGAGACGCCAAAACCUCGAGAACAACCACUGCAUCGAUCCCUCCAGAAUCCUUCUGAUGCCCUGCUGAUCCUUGCCCGAGCGGCGGAGGAUGGGGAUGAUGAUGAGCCAGGAGACGCUGGACUUAACAAAUCAACUCCUGGAAACGCAUCUUCUAUCUUAGACUCGAUUCUAUCUCCGGGACAGCAAGCUCGGACUGACCAGCUCUCGUCAUUAGCAUCGCCCGGAAACCAGCUUACGGCGCACCAAGCGGUUGAAGAAUACCCUCCCGUCAAGGAAGGCGCCUUAGAUUUAGUCACGCUUCAAAAUCUAAUACGGCACUAUGCCGAUAAUUAUCACCCAUUCUUCCCGAUCGUCCCCGCCAAUGUGCUCAUGCCACAGUUCCUCCCCGAUACCAUCAAGCACGAAUCGUUUCUUCUCACAGCCGCUCUAGUAGUAGCUUCAAGAGAUCAGUCCGACCUGACCGAGCUACAUCAGUCAAUAUGGCAACACAUGCGACGCCUUAUCCUCGAUGUCGUUCUGGUUACGUACUUAUCCGACCGCCAGAUCUCUAUCCGCAUGGGCCAAGCUUUCUGGAGCAGAGGACCGGCGCUUUCUGCGCGAUUCACAGCCGACGACUUUCCAUCCCUACAGCCACAGUACACUUCAGGGGAAGAUUUUGCAUCUUUGCUACAGGCACAGGUUGAGUUGACAACGUUAUUCGGGAACGCCCACGAUAUUCUCUUUGCAUCAAAACAACGUACCGGAGAACUCAUGACCCGGGGUGAUUACACCAAGUACAUCGAUGAUGCAAGCCGCGCCAUUGUCGCGUGGGAUCUCGUUUGGAACGGACUCACAUGCUCCCAGCAUCUGAAGUCAUGUCUCAAGAUGAUGGAGAAGUACCUUCGUCUUUACGUCAAUGCUUUCGCCUUUCAAGCUGUUCUCUAUCGGGCAUCGACAUCCGGCACGCAAGAAGUCUCAAAGUCGGCAUGCUUCCCACACUCAGCUAUGGCUAGCCCUGACGCUCGUCAUGUUUAUGAGGCUGUAGACGCUGCCGAGGCUCUAUUGAGGAUUGCCAUUGAAGACAUUGAUGCCGAGAAAUAUCUGCGGUACAUGCCCGCUCGGUUCUACUUAUACGAAAUACAUUCGUCUGUAUUCCUUUAUAAAGCACACGCAUCUGGCGCCGUCUCAUCAGGAAAACAUGCCCAGACAGCAAACCUGAUGCGACGAUUCAUCGGAGUACUCGAGAUCGCAGCCACUGACGCAGAUCACAUCGCCGCAAAAUACGCCAAGCUACUCAACGGUCUCUGGUUCCAUCGGUCGGAUUCAUCUGCAGAUGCAACAAGGAAGCGGAAUUCCGGUAGCAAUGUCCAUUCAGAUGAGUUCCAAGAAGUCAACGCUGUGCAGACUUAUUCAAAUGAAGUCGACGACGCGGACUCGAACCAUCUGCCAUCGUUCGACGAGAUUGGACUACAGCCUUUAGACUGGAUCGAGUCUGUUGAAGGGCUUUUCUCCAUGCCGGCUGCUUUCCCUUGGGAUCAGCCAAUCUUUUGA